GUGGGUUCUCCCUUUAUCUGCCUCUUCUGAGUAAUAACCUCCUUGUUGACACAUCUGGAGAGGGAGAAGGACAGGCAGGAGUCACAGGUCCAGAGAAUGAGCCCAAUGCCAACAACUUUUCUGGGCAGUGCCCUCCGGGGCACUUUCUUCUUUGCUUUUGGCCUGUGGUGGUCGGUGAGGUACCCCCUGAAGUACCUCAGGAGGAAAGGGGAUGCUGACAGCCAGCCAGGCCGUGGGCGCACGGAGGUCUUCGAAGGCAUGGUCAAAGCUUUCUUUGCUCUAGUAGGGAUAUUGGUGGAGCAAUUUGUCCCCACUGGUCCCCACCUGCAGCUGUACAGCCCCAAGAUGCACAGCUGGACUGACCUCACCCACUGGCACUACUCCACCAUCUACCUCUUCUUCCUCCUCUCCGGCAUCACAGACGUGGUCUCACACUCCCCACUCAAGCUGCCCCCUGGCUUGGACCGGCUCUCACUGUCCCUGGCUCUGCUUGUGGAAGGUUUGCUCUUCUGUUUCCGUGACUACAGUGAUGCUGUGCUGGACCAGCACCUCCACUCCCUGCUAGCCGUGGCUAUCUUUGCCGGAGCCCUCUGUGCCCUCCUAGAGGUGUUCCUCCGAGACCAUAUCAUCCUGGAGACCUUCAGGACCAGCUCCUUCCUUCUCCAGGGCUCUUGGCUUUGGCAGAUUGGGUUUGUGUUGUCUCCUCCGUGGGGAGGACCAGGCUGGGAUCAGAGCGACUCCAGCAACCUCUUGUUCCUCACCAUGUGCUUCUGCUGGCACUACGUGGGUGCUCUCGCCGUUGUGGCCGCCAACACUGCCGCAUCCCGCUGCUGCAAUGAGUCCUGCCAGCUGAAAUUUGGGGACAUCGACGUGGAGUUGGACUGUGGCUUGUGCCUCCACAGAGGGAAGAAGAGCUCCAGUGGCGCCUUGCUGCCGGAGAGCAGCUCAGAUGACAAAUGAGGCUGUGGUGGGCAUGGAAAUCUCUUCCCUGAGCUCUUGAGAUGAGGUUUUUAAUUAGUCUUGAUAAACUACAGCAGCACUUGACAGUGGAGCAUUAGAAGUAGGAGCCAGGACCCUGAGGCAGAGCGUGACAGGAGGUCCCAAGUCUUUCCUUGUGCAUCCCUUUGGUAGCCACAAGUUCUUAAUUCUCUGAGCUGCAGCUCAGGCUGCAGACUGCAGGACUGGUUUGCAGUUAGAGUCCAACUGGAGUGGCAAAUCUGACUAUUUUUUCUAACAUUUUCCUUUCUGCUUCCUCAGAAGGGAGCCAAGCCAGCGUUCAAAUCUCCUGGUGGCUGUCAUUCACUCUGGUGUUAAUGGUGAGGGUUUUGUACAAAGCUGAAUGUACAGACUAUCUGUGAUCACUAAUA